UGCUGUUAAGUUGUGUGGAAAACUUGUGUUGUGGUAUAUUUGGAUAUACAUUUUGAUAAGGUAAAUGCAUACAACGGUUGAAAUCUGGUCGAAUGCUUCCACUUUUGAUUACUAUACUUGCCAGGAAUGAAUUUGGUUCGGCUUUUUUUCGAAUAUGGCGGGACUGGGACUUCGAUGUGCUAAGACUAUUAAGAAGUAAGAGCGCCUGCUGAGCUGAGUGUGGAAUUCGGAAUCCUUGAUGCAUACACCUAUCGCCUGCCGCCUUGCCUCUCGAUCUCCCGAUCCCGUGCAUGGGGGAAAUUGGAACCACAGCUCAUAGCGCAAGCCUAGGCCUGGCUUCAACUUCAAGCCCUCAGACUUGGUUUAGCGCUCUGCUGCUGCUGCUGCCUUUUGAUGGCUUGAUGGUGAUAAUAAAACGACUUGAAAGAAUGUUCCACAGUCAAGAUCAACGUGGCGGUUUUGAUGAGAUCGAUGGAGCCCAAGGUUCAAAACCCAAGAGGUGGGCAGAAGAAUCGUAUUCUGGCAUAAACAGGGCACUUCCUCCCAGCCCAAGGUGGGCCAGUCUCCAGUCAACCUAUGACACUUCUCUCCAACUGGAUUUCCACCAGUACCCAGAUGACUACAGUCAAGGCCGUCCGAGUAGUCUGAUUAGUCCUUUUGAAGAUCCUGGUUGUCUAUUUCCUGAUAGUUUUAAGGGAGCUGAUGGAAACCAUGGGCCUAUCGGUGGACCAAUCACCAGCGCUAUGAUAGGCCCAGAAGGGGGUCAGCUAGAGAUCUAUGGCAAUGUUCUGACCAUACCAAGAGGGGCUGUGGCAGAGAGGACCAAGAUUGAGCUCGGUCUGGUCUGGAACAAACGUCUCUGGCCCUCUUUUGGGACUGAUUGUCAGAUGACAUCCAUCUUAAGCUGCCAACCUUCAGGUUUGAAGUUCUACAAGCCUGUAACCUUGAGUCUACCUCACUGUCUAGAAUGGAACCCUUCCAAGGGGAAGCAGAUCAGGCCUGUUCUGUACAGCAGUCAUCAUGCGAAUGAUGGAAAACCAGAAUGGUCACAGUGCAGGUUCCUGGGCAAUAGUGUCUCAUUCCAGCAGCAGAGGAUCGAUGUCAAAGUUUAUGACUUCUGUUACCUGGUCUGGGCAUUUGAGGAUGACCGCCCUGACGUGGAGGCUAAGAAGAUCCGUAUCGUUCCAUACGCUUCACGUAUCUCUUCCAAACAGGACCAGGAGAUUAGGCUCCACAUGUUUGAUGAUCUGGAGGCUGUGAGGGAGAGAGUGAAAAAGGAAGAGGAAGAACUUGGAGGUGAACGUCUGACGAGUUAUCACUCCUAUGUGCUGCUGAAGAACAAAGGAGACCUUUAUAUGGAGAUGACCUGGAAUACAGUAGGCUGGGUCCUUCGCACUCGUCCACUUAUUGCAGUGCCAUUUCGAGAGAUGUGGGCUUGUGAGCUUAACUCCUGUGAGCUUCUCUUCGCCAACGAAGGAAAGAAGCUGGAUUUCAAGUGCAACAUAGACAUCCAGCAAGAGGAUAAUGAUAGCAAAGUGGUCCUAUCAUUCGCUCAUGAUGUUAAGAUUGACUCUCCUGAUGGACCAGGGUGUGUAGCAGAUCAAGCAAGAUUUGAAGAAAAGCUGUCGGUGCCACAAGAAGAAACAAAGUCUAUCGGAUUCAGCUCACUGCCAUUGCAGCUACCAGAAGUCCCACCGCCUCCAGAUAUUGCCACCAGAUUCUUGUCGUUCACAGGAGCUAGCAGUUCUCCUGGAAUGGGAUAUCGUCAGCAAAACUUUCCAACUACUGAAGGACACCACAGUUUUUCUCUUGCUCAGCCGGGAGCCACACAGAUGCUCCAAACUUCUCUAGGUGCAGUGAGUCUAGGUGAGACUCAUCAGAGCAUGAUCCGUAGGGCUAGCGAAAUGGAAGUGUCAAGUCAAAUGUGGUCAAAGGACAGGGUUCCCAUGAAGCAGAGAAGGGAUGUGCCUGAUUAUGGAGGGCCAUCUAAUCAUGAAGGAACAACCACUGCCAUUGCCAACCUCAACCAUGACCAGUCCAAUGCUACACCAGCUCCAGGGGGAAGCAGUUCAGCCAUCCACCAAUUUUACAUAAACAAUUUGACUGUGAAUUUCCCUGGAAGAAUGGAACGACAUAGUUCACAUGAUGGACUUGUUGAAUGCAAAAGUGUAAUUCCCUUCCAAUUAAAAAAACAGUUGUCUGUGAAGUUGGAUGAGAAAAUAGGUGUCAAGAAUUGGAUGGACCUGUCCAGGUAUUGGAAAUUGGAUCAAGAAUACGAUGAGGCAGCCCUCAUUCAUGUACACCUACCAGCAUUCGCUAUCCUUUCCGUAGGUGAGGAAAAGCAAAUUGUCAGGUCAUUGAAUGAUUUGCGGAUUGCACUUAAAGCAAUUGGAAGAGACGACUGUGUAGCUAUUGUAGAAAGGUAUGAAGGAAUCUCUGCUGAAAUUGCUAGUGAUAGUGAUUCCUGAAUCAUCAAGGGUGUCAGUUUACAGACAUGGCCAGUAUCUCUUGGGCAGAGGUAGUUCUCAUUGGAGAUUUGUUUGCACUAGGUUCACACUGAGUAAACUGCCCUGGCAGCAAUCUAAUGGGAAUGGUUUAUGGAGGAUCAAAACGUUGGCAUCUCUUUCUUCAGCACUUGCAAUUUAUCCUUGUAGUUCUCAUUCUAGAGUCUCCAUGUGUGGUAUUAGCACCCAUCAUGUGAUGCUCUGGCAACAACCCUGACCUAGCAGCUUGGAGACUGCCAAGUAUAUUCUGUUUACAACCAGGGAUAGAGGAUGAUGAUCGGAUGUCUUUGACUUGAUCUGUUGGUAGCGUUGUUGGAAAAGUGUUUGAAGGUGUCUUUUGUAGUCUUUGGAAUGAAGUUAGAAGAGGGACCAGAGUUCAGGCUUGUUCAUCUGGUGCCUAUGAACCAUCUCACCCUGAGGGACCGUGGUGGGGGCUCCAUUUUUUUUUCUUCUUAUAGGGGAGGUCCAGUUCCAGAAAUCUCUAACAAGCAAAAAAAAAAAAGGAAUCUGAACCCCUAAGGCCCCUUUCUGUGUAAUCCCCU